CAUUAUUCAGGAGACACCCUCUCUCCCCGUCGUCAAACAGCUCUCCACCCGAAACAUUCACCACCACCACCAACACCACCACCAAACCCACCAAACCCACCACCACCACCACCGACACCACCAACGAUACCACACAACAUAGCAAAACACACCCCCCAAAUCUCGCAGACAUAGCACCCUCAGCCUUCCCCCCCAACAUAAACCCCAUCACCGGCGCCCCUGCCAACAGCUCGCCCGCCAUUUACGACAUAAUCUCAAAGUUCGAACGCCGUACCCCGGGGCUAGUACCGACACCGAAACACGUCGUGAUGGCCUCUCCGGAGUCAUCCGGCCAGAUCGGAGGGGCUCGCGCAAAGAAUGGCGGCGGCGGAGGCGUCAAGAACCUCCUCGCCAUGUUCGAGAAGGGCUCGUCGGCACCCAGCUCCCCCGGCACAGCACCUCCGAUCAAUCGCGAGCUGAGUCCCGGUCCGAAGCCGCUGAGUCGAGUGCGGACUUCCUUCGUGGCCGUGGGCGCGAAGGAUGGCGCGGGGUUCGGAUUACAGAAGCUGCCCAUGUCGCCAUCGUCACCGGCGACCCCGGGUGCCGACGCGACCGUUGGCGCUUCUCCUUUCGGGCCUGCCUUGACUGCAAAAGUCGAGAUCACAUCGGCGGAGGAUCUGGCGGAUCCGCCCAAGAAGGACGCUCCCCCUCCCGUCGUCGCGACACCCGCCGCCACAAUACCCGUCGCGACACCCGCCGCGAAGGCCGAGGAGCCAAAGAUCGAGAGCUCGAUCCCAGCUCUGCCAGCCCCAGGCACCAAGACGGAGAGUGCGAAGGUUGCGCCUGUUGUCGAGAAAUCGGCGACAGUUGUACCAAAGGUGGAAACGAAGUCCGCCAAGGAUAAGCUGGCAACAAAGGAACAGCCGAAGAAGGAGAAGACAGCGCCCAAAGCAGAAGCACCGGGCAGCAAGACACAAACAAAGCCCUCGUCCGUGCUAGCGUCCAAAGCUUCCAAACCGGCUGCGAAGAACCUUUCUGUUCCGGCGGCCGGUAGAAAAACCCCUUCUCCUCUGCCUCCUUCUCGCAGUCCCACACGCACUCACACAAGAACACCAUCCGCGCCGGUGAAUUCUACGACUGCUCCCAAGAAGUCAAUGGCUCCCCCAGCACCCAAGCCUGUAUCGAAGCCUCCAACGAAGCCCCGACAGCCCGUCAUGGCUGCGCCGAAGCCAAAGCCAGUUCUGACGCACAAACCAGUCCCGAAGCCGGAUCCCAAGGAGGCCACCAAGCCAGCCGAACUCAAGGGAUCGGCAUUUGCGCCGACGGCCAGCUGGGUCGCCAAGCAGGGCGGUGUCCCCGUCGAGUCCGUCGUCGCGCGCCGACCACCAUCCGCCGCGGCAGCUACCCGUACCUCGAGGUCCACAGAGAGAGGCCUCAGGCGGCAGAAAUCCACCAUCUCGGACAAAGAAGGUGGCCGAUCCAGCCGCCCCGCGUCCUCGGCCGCACACCACAUUCCCGCACCCAGCAGCGAUUUCCUCUCGCGCAUGAUGCGACCAACCAAGAGCUCGGCGAGCAAAGUUCACGAGCGAGUUGAGUCCUCGAAGUUCCAGCCUGCCCUGCGCGCCGGUUCGGCGAUGGGAGGGAUGUCGGUGGAAUCUGGCUCCCCGCCUAGAUCGAAGACCUCGUCGCAUGGAUCCAGCCCCAAGCGGAACAGCCGCGAGAUCCCCUCGCUCAUCAUCGAGGCCCAGCCCGGUUUCUCUACCGGCGCACCGUCGCCAACACGCAAGCGCUUCUCUGCCACAAUACCCGCCACGCACAACACCCAGUCAGACUCUUCGGAUGAAGCUAUUCCCGAAGAGCAAGAGGAGGAGGCCGUUCGAUCCACCACAGCGCCACAGCACGAUGAGGAGGAGGAUAUGAUUCCGGAAGAGGAUGAGGUGGUUACACCACAGAAGAAUACACCAGAACUUACGAUCAGCACGUUGGAAUCAUCAGAAGAUGCCGCAACUCGAAGAAGUCGCAAGGAUGACGAUAUCGACGAGGGCCAUACUCCCACCACCACGUCAUCAUCCGCGACGUUGGUUCACGACGGCGAAGUUUCAGAUGUCAAGGCCGAUUAGACUUGGAUAUAUACCGAUUUGAGUUUUUUCUCCUAUGUCAGCUUCUACCAUUGUCGUUAAUAACGGUUGAUUUUGCUUUUUUUGUUUCCGCCCCACCCCUCGAUCUGUACCAUCUAUCAUCCAUUUUUUUUGUUUUUUUUUGCUCUCUCUCUCUCUCAUUGUUUUUCACUAUCUUAUCAUAGGCGUGUUGGGAAACUGGCUUGGUUGCUUGGUUGCUUGGUUGGGUGGUAACUAUAUCGUAUGUUACUUACGAAAAGGCGCGAACUUGGAUAUCAGAAAACAAUGGGGGGUGGGGUGGGGAGUCGCAAGGCAGUACAGGGCAGUUAGUGGCGGGGG